AUGAGCUCCCCCUUUGAUUUCGAUAGUGUUGAUGCAGCUCUGAAAGAGGCAUUAAAAGGGCCCGCCUACGAGGAAGUGCACAGAAUCCUCUAUGGAAGAAGUCAUCCUGAACUUCAAAUCCCGAAGGAUGCCUUGGAAAUAGCCACCAAGAACAACUUUGACAUACGUGGAUACGAAAUCACUGCUGAACCAGAGCAAUUGCGAGCACCACGAAAGGUCAAAGUGGCAGCCAUUCAAUUCUCGAUUGUACUGCCGACGAACGCUCCAGUUGAGGAACAAAGAAAAGCGAUCCAUCAAAAGGUUGCCCAUAUGAUCGAUGCCGCUGUUCUUGCUGGAGCUAACAUCAUCUGCAUGCACGAAUUGUGGACUAUGCCAUUUGCGUUCUGCACACGUGAACGACUUCCUUGGACAGAAUUCGCAGAGUCGGCAGAGCACGGCCCAUCAACCAAGUUUCUUAGUCAGAUAGCUGCAAAAUAUGGAGUUGUCAUUGUGUCUUCGAUCCUAGAAAGAGACGAAUCGAAAGACGAUGUUCUCUGGAAUGCCGCUGUCGUCAUCUCAAACUCGGGAAAAGUUAUCGGUAAAAGUCGUAAGAAUCACAUUCCAAGGAUCGGUGACUUCUCUGAGUCAACGUAUUACAUGGAAUCAACUCUUGGUCAUCCUGUUUUUGAUACUGCUUUUGGAAAAAUUGCCAUAAACGUGUGCUACGGUCGCCACCACCCUCAGAAUUGGAUGAUGUAUGCGUUAAAUGGCGCUGAGAUUAUUUUCAACCCUUGCGCUGAAGUGGUUGAGAAUUUAAGUGAACCAAUGUGGGCAAUUGAAGCUCGCAGUGCAGCUAUCGCCAACCAUUGCUUUACCGUCCCUAUCAACAGGGUUGGAAGGGAAUCUUUCCCGAACGAGUUCACAUCGGGAGACGGACGUACAGCUCAUAAGGAGAUCGGUCAAUUCUACGGUAGCGCUUACGUUGCUGCACCAGAUGGAAGUCGCACUCCAGGACUUUCCCGUACGAAGGACGGCGUGCUCGUAGUCGAAAUCGAUCUGAAUUUGUGCAGGCAAACAAAAGACCACCUUUGUUUCAGGAUGACCCAGCGUUUGGACCUUUACGCGAAGAGCAUUACGGCUGCAGCCGACCCCAAUUACAAGCCAGACAUCCACCGAGAGAAGUGA